UCGUCCCCUUCACUGAUGGAGAAUAUAAAAGCUCUGAGCUCUGACUCCUCUCUACUCUUUCUGACUCAGCAGCAUCACAGAGCUUCCUGCCACCAACAACAAGCAGACGACUUCAGAUCUCCAUCACAUCAUCACUUCAUCAUCACCAUGUCAACACAGAACACAAACUUCACAUCAAACUAUGAAGACAUCAUCUCCAGAAGUAUUCUGAUCCGUUCAGGAUCUCCUUCUGUCUACCAGCUGAAACCAAAGAAAGAGGAGAUUGGAUCUCUGACUAGAAUGACUGUUGGAGAAAGAAACAUGAACAAGACCAACAGAACCAUCUUACUGGUUGGAGAAUCAGGAUCAGGAAAAUCUACUCUGAUCAACUCUCUGGUCAACUACACCAUGGGAGUGAAGUUUGAGGAUAAAGUCUGGUUUCAGAUCGUAAAGGAGGAGAAAAUAAGUCAGUCAGAAAGUCAGACAUCAGAUGUGAUCGUGUACCAGAUCUUUGGUUUUGAAGGUGAAACUCUGCCCUACUCUCUGACCAUCAUCGAUACUCCUGGAUACAACAGCACUAAAGGGAUCAAAUGCGAUCUCAUCAUCAGUGAAAGAUUAUUUGACUUGUUUAGAUCAGAGGAUGGAGUUCAUGAAGUUAAUGCAGUGGGUCUGGUGAUAAAGGCCAGUGAUAAUCGACUCAGUGAUCGACUGAUGUACGUCUUAAAUUCAGUGGUUUCUCUGUUUGGAAAAGACCUGGAGAAAAACAUCAUAGCUCUCAUCACACACUCAGAUGGAAGAAAACCUAGAAAUGCUCUUGAAGCUCUUGAAGCUGCAAAAGUUAAAUGUGCAAAAAAUGAGAAGAAUCAACCUGUUCACUUCCUGUUUAACAACUGUCAGAGUGAAGACGGAACAGAGGAAGAAGAAGAAGAAAACCUCCAAAGUGCUGAUAAAAUAUCAGUGAGAGGAAUGACAGGAUUCACAACUUUUCUGGAAAAAAAUGAACCUCAGAAACUGGAGAAAACUGUGGAUGUUCUGAAAGAACAUAUCAGACUGACAGCCUGCAUCCAAAACCUGGAAGAGAGAAUCAACCUGACUGAACUGAAACAGAAUGAGAUCAAAUUGAUUCUAGAAAAGAUGAAGAAACAUAAAGAACAGAACGAGAAGAAUAAAAAGUUCACUCUAGAAGUUGAUGAGGUCUACAACGAAAAAGAACCUAUUGGUGGUGGGAUGAUGGGGUUGGUGUUUUAUAAAGGAGCUGUCUGUUGUACUGUCUGUGAGGAGAACUGUCACAAUCCUGGAUGCACAGAGGCCUGGAAACCUAAACACUGUGAGGUCAUGUACAAAGGCCACUGUACUGUUUGUACCAACAAGUGUCCUGUAUCAGCUCAUGUGAAGGAAAAGUGGAAAUAUGUGACCAAGACGAGGAGAGUUCAGAAAACUGAAGCAGAAAUGAAACAGAAGUUUAAGAAGAAUAAAUCAGAAAGUGAGAAGAAGUUGAGGCUUUUGGAAAAUCUUGAGAAAGAAAUGAACCAACUAACAUCAGAGAAGUCCCAGCUCCUGGAUGAGGCCUACCAACAUGUUGUCAGACUGGAGCAGAUCGCCCUGAAUGUUAAUUCAUUGUCCACUUAUGUCCACUUGGACUUCCUGAUUGACAAGAUGAAGGAUGGAGGAGACAGAGAGAAGGUCCAGAAACUGGAGGAGAUGAAAAACAGAGAGGAUGAAGGAACCAGAGCAGCAUUGAAAUACAUGAAGACUAAACAGGAUCUGGAAAAUAAUGUUGAAUCCACAGUACUGUAGAUGAUCAACAUGAUUGUGAUCUUUUAGCUGAUCUGAUCUUUAAACAUGAAUCAGUUGUUUGGUUGUGAUUGUGUUCAGUGUAAUAUCCAGUUGAUAUUUCCAAUCAGAAACAUGGUGGAGGAAGUAUUCAGAUCAUUGACUUCAGUCAAAGAACCAACACCAACAUAUUAGUAGUGUUAUCAGUUGUCAGUAAAAUGUAGUUCAUAUAUCAGCAGUAAAAGUAUUCCAUGAGGAAAAUGUUGUAUCAGUGUGAUAUGAUUGUGUCUCCUAUUCCUGGCUUGUUGUUGUCAUUCUAAUCAGUUUGUACAGAGGAUGUUACUCACACUGAACUCAGACACAGUGGAGAAAUCUUCUGCUGAGCUGGAGCUCCAUCCAACUUUCACACUUAAGUGUUUUUGAAGAGAACAGUCCUGAAAUCUAAUGUUCUUUGAUUUGAUUCAUACCUUGGACUCUUCAUGUGUUCAUGCUGGAAUGACUAGUUGGAAUAUUUCACAUGACUCAGUGGAAACAUUUGGAUCAUUUUAUGUUGUUUUGACUUUUUUAAUUCACUGUAUUCUGUUCUUCUCAUUCAAUCGUCUCCUGGUUGAAGCAGUUUUCUGUGAAUCUUGAAUAAAAUCUCUGCUUCAUUAAAAUAAAAAAAUAAAUAAAAGUCUAGGAAUUUUCACUUUACUAAAAUUUACUGAACUU